AUGAAGUUCCUUGUACUCUCGGUGGCUUGCUUGGUAGCGUCGGUGGUAAGUUUGCCGUCAGCGAAUCGCCCAAGAAGAGAUAUUCUUCCCGGAGACUCGCGCUACGGCACUGAUUACCACCAUCAUCAUCACCAUGAACACCAUGAUAACACCAAUGUUCAGGUAGACAAGACUGUUGGUAACUACGCUGGUACAGUCAACUCUCCUGCUCAGGGCUAUGGUCCACCUGGAUUUCAACCGGGAAACACAGUCGAGCCUGCUCCGACAUUUGAACUUCCCACUAUUCAGGUAAAUAGUUUCAAACCCGAAAUUCCCUCCACCAAUUACGGAGUACCAGUUCCACCGCAGAACGAUGUCUCAUCUCACUAUUUUUACUAUUACAACAAAUAUCAAAACCAACAACAACACCAACAGCAAUACCAACAGCAACAGCAACACCAACAGCACUAUCAACAGCCCCAUCACGACGUUGAACAACAGCAACAGGAAAUCCGCUACACUCCAGCAAAAAGCUACGGUCCUCCUGCCGUGAGAGCAGCCCCAGAACCAGUCAAGACUCCAGUGACCUCUUACGGAACUCCCGUGCAGAACAAGCCCGUGGAGAUCGACCAGAAUCGCGCUCCUCAACCUCAAGAUUACUCUGUUCAGAUUUUCCGAUCACAGCCGGUUAAGAUCAACUACCAGCCUCAGCAUGUCAAGACUCCCACUCAAUCUCAUCCAGUUCACAGCCACCCUCAGUCCGGUAACAAUGGUUACCACUACCAACCAGCUCAACCAACGGCACAGCCAGCUCAAACCGCUCCAGUAUCUACCCCGAACAACAACAACAACAACAACAACAAUGGUUACCACUACCACCCACCACCAACUGCUCAACCAGCUCCUCAACCCACCAACCCCAACCAGGGUUACAACUAUCCACAACCAGCUCUAGCUCCAGUACCAGUUGCAAGACCAGCUCUAACACCAGUUACAAGACCAGCUCACCCCACCAACACCAACAAUGGUAACCACUACCACCCAGCACCAUCAGCACCUUCUCAACCAGCUCUAGUACCAGUCGCUAAGCCAGGCAACACCUACUUGAACCCAAUUGAGAAGAAACCUACAACUACUGUGCCAAGCUACCAACCACAACCACAGCCCCCUAAACCAACCAACAAUGGUUACCACUACCACCCAGAACCAGCACCAGCUCAACCAGCUCAACCAACUCGACCCAACAAUGCAUACUUGACUCCAGUGGUUGAAGAGAAGAAAGCUCCGGUCCAGACCUACCACCCACAACCCACCAACCAAUACUUGGCUCCAGAGCCAAAAGCAGUCGCCUCAUACGCGGUCCACGAUGAAAAAAAAGAGGACAUCAACAAGCUAUCUCCUGAACCUUCUGGUUUAUUCGCUUUGAUUCCUUCUAAAAUUCCGGAAUUCGCGGGACCAAUUCCUGACUUCCUGCAAGGAUUUCCGGCAUCAAAUCCUACAGACUUCGCGCAAGGAUUCCUGGGAGAAAAUCCUUUCUCGCAAGGAUUCUCAGAUAGUUUUCAAAAUCUGGGAGUCUCAGGUGCUUUUCCCCAGUUCUCAUCGACCCCUGACUUUACCCAAUUGAGUGACCCAUCCCAAAUCUUCCAAGACGCUAUCAGCAACGUCAAUGACGCUAUUUCUGGAUACGUGGACCAGCAGCCAGAAGCUGCCAGAGAAAAGGAGAGUGAGCCAACUCAACAGGUCGACGACAACGGAGGCUACGUAUACUAAAAUCUUGGAUAUUGUUUUUGAUAAAACAAAACUUAAAUAAUCCAAAUUAAUAGACUUAUGUUUACGAUAAUUGACGCUUAAUUUAAUUAAGCUUAAGCUAGUGUACG